AUGGCGAACCUCACGAUGCAAGAAGAGUCAGAUCACUUCAGCCCAUACAGGGCAGACGGCAAGCUCUAUGGAUUUGUCUGUGUGGUCACUGGCGCUGAUCAGCCCAUCGGACGGGCCAUUGUGGCCGAGCUUGCUGCUCAUGGAGCGGCCUCAAUAUACGCAUGUACCUCAUCGCCCAAUGCCACCGACAUACCAACCUCAGACACAGCUCAGAUCAUCCACUAUCCCCAUCUUGAGCCAAACGAACACUCGACACUGGCUCUGAUCGACGAAGCUCUUAACGGCUUCGGAAGACUAGAUGUGUGGGUAUGCGCUUCUACCACCCCAGGUCCGAAAACCAUGGCUUCCACCACUCCAGCGGAUCUAGACGCUGCGUUUGAGCACAACACUCUUGCCCCCUUUUUCGCACUCAAGUACGCGCCGGCGGCGAUGGAGAAAAUGACGAAGAAGGGCCUGUACGGCAACGCAGCUCCCAAGGAUUCACGCUAUGGUAGUAUCAUCGUAGUGACUUCGACAGCGUGCGAGAAGGCAGCCGGAUAUGGGCCAGCAUUUACGAUCUCAUGUCAUGCUGCUCUGGGAGUCGUGCGCAGUGGCGUGUCGGCUCUCAAGGGGACCGGAGUCCGCAUUAAUGCCAUCUCACACAGCGGUAUUGACAUGUCUGGAGAGGUCAAGCCAACGAAUGGAAACGGUACUGUGCCGGUAGGAGGAGGCAAAGGCGGGCUGGACAGAGUUGGCAAUCCGUCUGAAGUUGGUCGAGUCGCAGGCUUCCUUGCUUCUGGCUUCUCGUCCUAUAUCACAGGGGCCAAUAUCAAAGUGGACGGCGGGGAGAGUGUUUUGUAA